AUGAACCUGUUUAAAGAGUAUAGCAUCACUAUUGUGCUUUUACUCAUAUCUCAAGUAUGGGGUCACGGUCGAAUGAUCUUGCCCCCUGCACGUAAUAUGUUAUGGAGACACGGUCACGAUGUACCAGAAAAUCAUAAUGACACAGCAGUUUACUGUGGAGGACUCAAGAAACAAUGGUCCAGCAACGUUGCCGGCCGUUGCGGUGAAUGUGGUGACCCUUGGGAAGAGGAUCGACCACGUGAUCACGAGACUGGUGGAAAAUAUGCUAAGAAUAUUAUCGUCGGUCGCUACAAAGUCGGGAAAGACAUUGACGUCACUAUAGAUCUAACAUCGAACCAUCUUGGAUGGUUCCAGUUUUCCCUGUGUCCUCGGAACGACAAGGAAGACAAAGAAACCAAUGAAUGUUUUGAUAAACAUAUCCUGGAGCUUUCUGAUGGAUCUGGAACAAUUUUCCAUAUUCCUACGAACAAGUCCGAGCUCCAGUUUACCAGGGUUAAACUUCCCGAGAACGUGAGCUGUAACUAUUGCGUUAUCCGGUGGCACUGGUUUUCAGGUAACAGGAUUGGCCCGUGUGAUGAUGGAGAGGAACGACUCGGCUGUGGUCCGCAAGAAACCUACCGCAACUGCGCUGACAUAGCUAUUGAGUGGUAA